UGAUUCAACAUAAAUAUUUUUGUCACGAUGACACUUCAUAGUUCACGACCUAUACGUGCAUUUCCGGCUAAAGGCGCAUUUAACCAAAUUUAAGUCUACUAUCAAGUGGCGUUUCCGUUCUCAGAAACGUGUACAUUUUUCUACAUUUUUUUAUACUUGCACGAUAACUAAUUUGAUCAAAAACUACCGUUUCUGCGAUGUUUGGCAACACUGGAUACAAAUACCGGUGUUAUCAUUGAGUGUGGUACGUAUCGCGCGGUGUUCGAGGGCGUUAUCCUCUUCUAAUGAAGUGCUUUUGCGUCUAAUCACUCUCUCGCAUUCCAUCAAACGAUUUUUACUUCAUAUCCCAACUUAAUUUUAAGCUUGCUUUGUUACGUAGUGCUUUAAAAACUAUUAAAUAUGGUGGUUAAACAUCACGUAGAAGGUUAUGAGAAUUUUCUCAAGUUCAUUGAAGACUUCAAGCCCGAUGAGCCUACUUUUGUUUUGUACACCGGUACUAAACUGCCUAACGGGGAUAGCUGGUGCCCUGACUGCGUUGUAGCAAAACCACAUAUAGAAAAGGGAAUUGAAGCUCUACCUGAAAAAUACAAUUAUGUGGUCGUUGAAGUUGGCGACAGGCCUUUCUGGAAGGACAACAAAUGCCCUUUUAGAACAAAUCCUAAAACUCAGUUGAAGGUUUUACCUACCUUAGCCAAAUGGGGCACUCAGAAACGUUUAGAAGGUGAUCACUUGUUAGAUGAAGGACUCAUUGAGAUGUUGUUGACAGAGGAUGAUGAUUAGUGCAAAAAAUUCUCAUAGGAUUAUUUUAUACAGAAUAUCACGGAUUUAUAUAUAAUAAAUGUAUUUGUAAAGUUGAUACAUACAUUGUUUUUUAUAAUAAAUUUAUGUACAUAAGUAUGAAAUACAAAAUCAAAAUCAAUA